AUGCCGCUCCUAUUGAUCCUCCCUCGAGUUCACGUUCCAGGCCCUUAUCCAGCAUCUCCGGGCGAGUUCCCAUUUACGACUCAGACUCCGAAUCGUCAGAAGCAUAUGGAGAGAGACAUGGCGAUCAUGGGGGACAAACUGAUACUGAGAGGAUUGAAGUUUUACGGUUACCAUGGAGCCAUCCCUGAAGAGAAGACCCUGGGACAGAUGUUUAUGCUUGACAUUGAUGCAUUUAUGUCUCUCAAAAAGGCUGGUCUAUCAGACAACUUGGCAGAUUCUGUCAGCUAUGUCGACAUUUACAAGGAAGUUGUAGAAGGGUCGUCAAGAAACCUUCUGGAGUCAGUAGCGGAGCUCAUAGCCUCCAAAAGUUUUGAAUCAUUCCCUAAGAUAACAGCUAUUCGUGUGAAGCUAUGGAAGCCAAAUGUUCCUCGUAUUAUGAGCGGUAUCGAUUACUUAGGUAUCGAGAUCCUCAGGAUUCGCCCGACUGAAUAA